AAAGAGGUAAAUAAAAUAUUUAGACGGACUGAUGUAUAUGGGCAAUAGUCGUUACAUUUUUAUAUUACGAUGGAAGUUUUCUACAUAAAAGUUAUGUUGAUAGGAAUUCUCUAUACUUGGACGGUAGAGAGUCAGACGAUGACAAAGCAACUGUGCAGUCAGCAGGUCCCAACGGAGGAUGCUGAAUGCGAUAACUAUGACUUAGAUACAUUUUUACCAAGUAAAUGGACUGGAAACUUCUCUUGUACUGAUGACGGUAUGGAAACUCAUUUCGUGCUCAACGUCACAGAUUCUUCUUCAACUAUUGAUCUACAAGGCAACAUGUAUGUCGAUGGAGAAAAAAUAUAUAUGGUGGGAUCAUUUGCAUCUUAUUUCGAAAUAUUCGCUAUGCAGAGUGAUGCAAUUAUUAAAAACCAGAUCGCAAAUCGUUCCUUAAGUAAAGUGGAACUGAACGGGAAGGUCCAAAGCUCAGUUUUUAUUGAAGGAGCAAUAAUAUUCCAAACGGAUUCAGGAUCGGAUGCAUGUUCGAUGGAAUUAAGAAGGCAAGCAGCUUCAGUGUCACAGUGGUGCAAUGGACAUGGUUUUUGUCAGAGAUAUGGGCGCAGAAAAGAAGAAUAUGUUUGCUGUUGUGAUCAAAGGUAUACAGGAAACUAUUGUGAGGUUGAAAAAGUAACCACUGCACCAAUAACUACCACACCAACUAUUGUUCCGUGUUACCCUGUAAACAAUUGUACGUCUCAUUACACAUGUGGAUCUCGUGGACAGAAAAUAUGCGGAGUAGGUUGGACGGGAGUCAAUUGUGACAUACGAAUAGCGGAUGGACCUGCAGAUUGUGAUGUAUUUGAUCAGGAAGACUUUAUACCAAGCGAAUGGAAAGGCAACUACACAUGUAAUGAUGACGGAAAAGUGGAAAAUUUCACACUAAACAUUACACAGUCCAGUUCCAGUAUAGGAACCGUUGGAAAUAUUCUCAUUGACAACACGAGUAUAACAGUGACUGGUUCAUUUGCUUCAUUCUUUAAGACCUUUACCCUUCAAGGUCAAGAUUUUGUCGCUGGUGAGAUUUUCAAACGAAAUUGGACAUCUGUUGAGUUGAAUGGGAUAUUGCGAACGUCCCUGUAUAUUUCUGGAAAAAUUCUUUUCUCUCAAAGAGUUGGUACUGAUAUAUGUAAUGUGGAAUUACGUAGGGAGGCAGUAUACUUUGACUGGUGCAGUGGACACGGAUCCUGCUACAGAGCCGGCCAAAAAAUGAAUCAGUUUUUAUGUUGUUGUGAUCCAGGAUUCAGUGGAAAUACUUGCCAAGUUUCUACAUUUAGUAGUACAACGUCGACUACUUCUUCCACAGUACCUACCGUUGAAGCAACAUCUAAAAUACCUACUACGGUUCAAACAAAAACAGCGUUACCUACGGUUCAUACAGAAACAACAGUUGAAAAGUCUGCUUCAGUAGUACCUGAAACAUCAGCAACACCGAAGACCAUGUCAACUACAAAAAGUUUGAAGCUAGAAGAUGUCAUACGUCCGGGUUGCACAAGUAAUGGUUGGAAUAUCACUGUCGAUAUAUCCAAAUUACGGGAAUUGUAUCCAAUGGUUACAAUGAGUCAUAUUUAUUUUGGAGACAACUCCUGCCGUGGGCAAGUUAUUGGAACAACAUUGACAUUCAAGCAAGGGUUUCGUGACUGUAUAACGAGUGAGAGGGUAUCUGGUGACACGCUGUUAUAUGAAAACGACUUGUUCUACGCAAUUUAUGAUCCAAUUAAUCCAUUUAUCGUACGUCAGCAUCAAUGGACGUUUACAGUCGAAUGUGACGUCAGCCGUAAUGAAGCAACGUUAUCCCACGUUCAUCACGACGUUGAUGCACACCAUGCCGCCGUUGCGGGCCAUUACGAUGUAAAAAUGACAUUCUUUAAAGAUGUAAAUUUCAUGAAUCAGAUAGCAGGAAACCCAAUUCAUGCAAGCAUUGGUGAUGAUAUUUACGUAAAAGUAUUCACUAGUGCCGCUGAUUGGACCGUAAAAAUGCGACUUCAUACCUGCUAUACAAAACCUACUGAUGAUGCCGGUGAUGAUAUGACUUAUUUUAUUAUCAAGAACGGAUGCGAGGUAGACAGUAAUACCCACAUCAUAUCCCAGUCAACACACGAGACGAGAUUCGUGUUUCAGGACUUUGGGUAUUCUACAAACAAGGAAGGGCUUAACAUCUAUUGUAAUGCCACUUUUUGUGAAACUAAAGAUUAUUCUCCAGGAUGUGCACAAUCUUGUGUAUCACAGGGAACACAUGCUCUUGUUGGAAAAUAGUUUGUUACUCUAUGACUAAAUGUGCCUCAAAUAAAUAUUAAACGAAUAUAUGCAUAUCUAUCUGUAAGUAUAUUCACCGCGGAUUUACGAAAAUCCCUGCGUCGUAUGUCAUUUUUAUGGCAUGGCUUACAUGCCUCUGGCAUAUCCAAAAUAAGCAAUACAGAUAACAAUAACAUGUUUAUGUCUUUGAAAGGCCAAUUAUUUGGGCCAUAAUAAUAUCGUAUAUACUACAUGUACCUUGAAUAUUUUCUUCGUAUAAAACUAGACUUCAUUUAUAUCACGGACAUAUUGCAUAUAACAAAGCAUUCUUGUCUUAAUAUAAAUUAUUACGCCACAGGCCUGGCUGGACGCUGAGAGGCGUUUACAGAUUUAUGUUUUAUAAAUAAACUCUGUUUUGCAAGUUUGCCACCACAUGUAAC